AUGGUGAAGCAGACAGGAAGUGAAACGAAUGAACGAAAAGAAGCUGUCAAGGAAGAGCCUAUAGAACUAAUUGGCCAAAAAAAUGAUGAAGAGUCGAAAGUUAGUAGAAAGAAAUUGCGCCAACGAAUGCCGAAAAAGGCAGCUGGUGAUAGCGAUUCAGCGAGUAGCAUAGAAGUGAAUUUUGAAUCGGAAGAUAGUGAUUACAGUGAUAAGGUAAAAACAAAACAAAAACGAAAGCAUGCUGUAAAAUUGAAUACUAUCCAGAAGCAGUCCAAGAAAGGAGGGAAAGUCAAGGGAACUUCUGAAAACGAUCAAGCAAAACUUCGCCGACGACCGCCGAAGAAGGAAUUUCAUAACGAAGACAUAGUAACUAAUCAGCCUGGCACUUCCAGAAGGUCAGCCAAAGCCGUUGCGAAAUCAUUUAAAGAACAGACAAAUCGAAAGCGGCGAAUCAGUGCCGCUUCAUUUGGUUCCAGUUUCUCAGAAGAUGAAUGGGAAGAAAUGGAAGAAUUGGAAAUGCUUGAUGAAAUGAGUUACAAGCCACCACCACAAGAUAGUGUUGAGAUAACAAUUAAAGCACCGAAGCCAGUCGAAACAAUUGAAGCAAAAUGGGCAAAAUUUAUCAGACAAGCAAUGCAUCUUCUUUGUUACAUUGCACAUUUGCAAAUCUGGACUCGAGCUUUGGUACGGAAUGAAGCAUUGAUGUCUCUCUGUUUAUCACUGAUACCGGAAGGAUACAUUACAGCAGCGCAGCAUGGAUUAGAUAUAGCCACCGCCGAAAGAUUCUUGAAAUGAUCAGCUUUUCAACAGGCACAAAAAGACUACAUAGCGAAGGAUGGCUUUUGUGAUGCUCAGGUUGAAAGAUUGGAAGAAUUGAUUGGUGACCGAGUCUAUGAAAACGAUAGGGAUUUAGCUUCGCUGUGCACCUUUUUGCUCAAUGGUUAG